GUUUAUCAUCGCUUAGUCAUUGCUGCCAUGGGCGCGGACGCAGUGUUGCGCACCGAAGUGCGACGCAUUUUGGGCAGCGAGACGCCGGAGGAGCUGAUCAAGGCUUUGACUGGCCCCGAGCUGGAAGCCGUGCUUGUGAAGGCUCAUGAGCAGGCAAGGGGCUUUGUGACGAGUUCCUGUGGCGUAAUUCCUGCAGACUUCGAUGGACAUGUGCCCAGAGGCUUAAGCAACUUGGGGAACACUUGCUUCUUAGCUUCCGUGUUGCAAUGCUUGGCGCAGACGGAGAACUUCUCUCAAGAGCUCACGCUAACGCCCGAAGGCCGCCUGGGCGGCAUCGGCGGCGCCUUGCGGCGCGUGCUGCAGCAGCUGCGCUCGGCAGAGGAGGCCUCGGUGGAGGAGAUUCUGGGAGAGUUGGCCGAGAGGUACAGCUGGUACCGCGGCAAGUCCCAGCAAGAUGCCCACGAGCUCCUGCGCACGCUACUGGCAGCCUUGGCCGAUGAGAGGGAGGUGAAGGAGGACAAGGAGACGCUGCAGCAGUUGGUGCAUCGGAGCUUUCGAGGACAAAUGUGCGAGGCCAUCCUGUGCUGGUCCUGCCGGGAGAUCUCAUUCCGCCAUGAGUUCUUCCUGGACUUUUCCUUGGACCUCUCUGAGGAGGAUCCGGCUCCGGGGCCCUUGGGCCUGCGUGGCUGGGUGAUGCAACCCAUGCCAUCGCCGGAGGAGGAAGAGGUGGAUGAAGAGGCAGAGGCCGAUGGUGCUGAAGCUGAACGAGCGGCCGAGAGCCUGGAAGAACAUGUCAUCGAGGUCCAGUUGGAGCGAGUGCCGGGUCGACGGAUCGCGUUGGGCUUCGAAUGGCAAGAGCUGCCCGUGCACCAGUGCAAGGUUCUGCGACGGAUUCAUCCCAACAGCUUGGCGGAGCAGUGGAACAAGCGUUUCAACCGCCGGCUGACUCCUGGGCUUUUAUUGCUCUCAGUCAAUGGGGAGGAGGAUCAUGAGGAGAUCAUGCAGAUCUUGAAGGAUGAGGCGAAGCUGUCCCUACGCUUUGCUCCUGAAGAGGUCAUGCGGCGCUUUGGUGCCACGCAGGGAAGCGCCAAGGGCUUCCAAGUGGAUUUGACACGAGAGACUGGCUCCAAAAGGGCUUGGGGCUUCCAACUCGAUCAGAAGGCUUUGGAGAUGGUGGGAUCGACGUUGAUUGUGGCCCAGAUCCACCCGGACUCCUUGUUGGACGCCUGGAACCUCCGCUGCCGCUCGAUGGGCAGCCGUGCGAAGCUGGUCGUCCACCCCGGCGACCGCAUCCUCUCGGUGAACGGCGAGAGCGACAACGUCCAGGCCAUGGUCAAGGCCUUGCAAAGCCAGACCCGACAGAAGAACAGCAUUCUUCUGGAGCCAGGGGACCGCGACGCGUAUAUGGGCGGUUAUCCCGCUGGCGCGGAAAGAGCGGAAGAUGCGGAGGCCCAGUUCGAGGUGGCUUUGGAGGACUCCUUGGGGCCUUUCGGCUUCCAAGUGGAGCAUCAGCGUGUGAAAGGCAUCGACGAAGGAUCUCCCCUGGCGAUGUGGAACUUGGUGUGUCGCUCACGAGGGGAAGAGGAUCUGUGUGUGGAGCUGGGCGACACGCUGCUUCAGGAGGCGUCCUCCAGUGGCAGGCGCAUCUUCCAGCUCCGGCGCUCCAAGGAACGUCAGGCCUCCGUCCGCGCCCUCGGCGCUCGGCCCGACGCUGCCAGCGGCACGGCCGCGGCGCGCGGCGCCGGCGCUGAGGGGCCGCGCGUGGAGAUGGUCCGUGCCGCGGAGGAGUGCGUGGCAGCUCUGGACAAACCCUUGAGGGAGCUUUUUGAGACCAAGCCCAGGCCCAAGGUGGUGUCGCUGGCAGACUGCGUGAGGGAUUUGGGUGCCAUUGAAGCCUUGGAGGAAUCCUUCGAAGCAAUCUACAAGUGCCAACACUGUACUCCAUCCCGGACCUUUGCCUCCAAACGUGCCUGGCUCUGGGGCUCCUUGCCACCGGUGCUCCCCGUGCAGCUGAAGCGCUUCCGGCGUGAGCGCGAUGGGGCGUUCCGGAAGUCACAGACCCGAAUUCAGACCAGCAGUACCUUAGACCUCUCAGAUCUCUUAUUGUCCUCCAAAGAGCAGCAACUCUUGAAGUCUUUGGUCAAGAAGGAGCAUGAAGCCUUGAAUGCGGAGGUCUCAGAAUGCGCCGUCUACGAGUUGUAUGCGGUGUGCGCUCAUCUGGGCGGCAGCAUGGAGCGAGGCCACUACGUGGCCUUCAUCAACGCUGGGCGCAGCCUGAAGGAAGAGGCCUGGUUCUUGUUAGACGAUGCGCGCACCCUGCCGUGCCGCAGGGAAGAUGCCUUGCGUGUGGAAGCCUACAUCGCCUUUUACCGGAAGCCUGCCGGCGCGCCGCCCAACGAUCCAAGUUAGUGCG